AUGGAACAACAGCUUUUCGACAGAUUGGGUUUCAGUUAGUCACGAAACGCCGAAUGAUUCGGUUGAGUCUGUUUCUGCUGCUGCCAGCUCUCGUUGUGGUCAUGGAAAUGAGCGAUGUGUUGGUUCAUGACGCAAUCCCGGACCCGGAUCGCGACAAAUACAUAUGGAACCCGUUCCCGGGCUUCUGUGGCCCCAAUGCCACCAUGGUACGCUGUGGCGGCGUCUGCCCCGAGACCUGCCUUUUUAAAUCGUUUUCCUGCCCCACACACUGCGGAGUGCCCUGCCAAUGCAAGCCCGGAUAUGUCUUCGAGGUGUCUCUGCUUCUGUGCAUUUUACGUAGUGACUGCUCCCCGCACAACAAGCAGCAAGAAGUAGCCUCUCAUCGGGUUUUUCAAUAGAAAGGAGACACUGGAUAGGUGUCAUAAGAUCUAGAUAGUGACUAACAAAGUCCCAGACUAGGAAAGUAUAUUUCAUAGACUCUGGGAAGUAAGGGAUUCCCAAUAAAGAGAUGCACAGAGUGUUUCUGUGAGGAGGAAGUGAUGGGUGGAUGCUCGAAGAUGGUUGGAUGCUAGCUUAUGGUGUGUUGUGCCAAUUUUGUAUGUUCUAAUAAACCAAGAAAGCCAGAUGGA